AUACUAUCUAAUCCCAACUGAAUUUCACUGCAACUCUGAACUACAAGUUCAAAAUAAGAUUCAAUCGAUAAUUCAGAAACCUUGUUAUCGCCUUUCUCUCAGCCAGUAUCCAGUGUUACGCGGCUGUCGCAGCUCCACUGUGUCUCAAUUCGACCUCACUCUCGUUAUAGAAAACAGAUAUUUUCAAAACGGAUAGUGCGAUAUGGAGUGAACUAGAAGUUUUUACUAGAGACUGGUAAAUCUGAACAUUGUCCAUGAACGACAAAAGUUCUAGAAUACAAAUCCAAAUUCCAGAGCAGAGCAACAGAAGGAAGAACCACUGAACUGCACUUGAAGCAGCGAGGCGGAGGCGGCGGAGGACAUAACUGAGUGACGUCGUUCGUGGGUGAAGUGCACAUCAGGAUCUGACAGCUAGCUAGCAGGGGGCUAGCAGCAGCAGUAGUGCAAUACCGCGAACGAGUCUGUCAAUCAUGUCGUCGUCUCACGGCCAGUUGAGGAAGAUGGCCAUCAACAAUUGGCCACGGGGCUGGACGCGAGGCGGGGGAAACUUGGGAGUUCGUGGAACGAGAGGAAUGGGAGGGGGAGCACUGGGCUUCGGGACUGGUGUCAGCCAGCCUGCCGCUGGAACGACGAUUCUUCAACCGGUCUCACCUCAAACUCAUCAAAUUCAAAAUAACCACCGAACCAUGUCCAGCAACGAAAAACGGGUCCUCAACGAAGACAAUGUCUUUUAUAACCUCAAAGUCAUGGAAUAUGCUGUUCGCGGACCUCUCCUUCUCCGAGCGAACGAAAUCGAAAAGGAACUUCAAAAGGGAGCCAAGAAACCGUUCAAGGAGGUGAUCAAGGCAAAUAUCGGAGAUGCACACGCAAUGGGCCAAAAGCCCAUCACGUUCCUGCGUCAAGUGCUGGCCCUGACAGUGUCACCUGAACUUCUGAAUGAUCCGAAGUAUCCUGAGGACGCAAAGGAACGAGCGAGGACUCUCCUCGAGGGCUGCAAAGGCGCGAGCGUCGGAUCGUAUUCAGACUCUGCUGGAGUUGAAAUAAUCCGAAGACAUGUGGCGCAGUACAUUCAGGAACGAGACGGCGGAAUUCCGAGCGACUACAGGAACAUCAUGCUCUCGAAUGGAGCCUCCGACGCAAUCAAAUCGUUCUUGAAACUCUUCAACGAAAAAGUGGAGGGAAAGCCCACCGGAGUGAUGAUUCCGAUUCCGCAAUAUCCACUUUAUUCCGCCAUUCUGGCGGAGUUCGGUCUCUCGCAGAUCGGCUACUACUUGAACGAGGACAACAAGUGGUCGCUGGAUAUCUCGGAACUCGAGAGAGCCUACAAAGAAGCCGAAAAGACGUCGAAACCCCGAGUUUUGGUGGUGAUAAACCCCGGCAAUCCAACAGGGCAGGUUUUGUCCCGGGAAAAUAUCGAGCAAGUCAUCAAAUUCGCACACAAGCAUCACCUAUUCCUAUUGGCUGAUGAAGUUUACCAAACGAAUAUUUAUGACAAGGAUUCCUCCUUCUUUGCGUUCAAAAAAGUCUUGACCGAAAUGGGCAAGCCCUACUCUGACAUGGAACUGGCCUCCUUCAUGUCCGUCUCGAAAGGUUACACGGGUGAGUGUGGUCUUCGGGGCGGCUACGCAGAGAUUAUAAAUAUGAAUCCGAGCGUGAUGGCUGUCUUGAUGAAGUCGAUCUCGGCGAUGUUGUGUCCGACGGUUCUGGGCCAAGUGGCAAUGGACGUAGUGGUCAAUCCUCCCAAGCCCAACGAGCCCUCCUACCCGAAUUUCCUCAAAGAGAAGACUCAAACUCUGGACUCUUUGGCGGAGCGCUCUCGCUUGGUCGUUGAAACUCUCAACAGUAUUCCCGGAAUUAAGGUUAAUCCGUCGAUGGGCGCGAUGUACGUGUUCCCAAGGGUAGACCUUCCUGAGAAGGUGAUCAAGGACGCGAAAGCCAAAGGCCUGUCACCCGACGCCUUCUACGCAUUCAAGCUUCUCGAGGCCACCGGAAUUUGCGUCAUUCCUGGAUCCGGUUUCGGACAGAGACCCGGCACAUAUCACUUCAGGACGACCAUUUUGCCCCAAAAGGAGAUGAUCAAGACCAUGCUAAACAGCCUCAAGGAAUUUCACAUAAAGUUCCUCAAGGAAUAUAGCUAGACAAAUGACUAACUGACAAACUGACAAACUGAAACUACGGAAAUUGUUGAGCGGAGAAAAAUUUAGAUGUAUAAGAAUUAUAUAAGUGUUCUACAAUUAAUGAAAAGAGGCGCGCAUGCUCCUUUUGCAAAGAGGCGCACGCACUGCACUGACUGUGAGAUUAUAUUUAUUAUAUGGAUAUUGUUUCUGUGUAGAUGGCACUACGCUCUAAUCGUAUAACGAUGUUAUAUUGUUGGUACCUGUGCUAGCAUUCAUAUUGAUUAAAAUGUUAUUUUUAAAAAACCCCACAA